UGAACCAACCAUGAUGAAGCUUGCCCUUAUCGCCUCCCUCGUCGCCGGCGCUGCCGCCUUCGCCCCUGCUUCCAAGCAAGCGUCUUCCAGCGCCCUCAAGGCGUUCGAGAACGAAGCUGGUGUCAUCCAGCCGACUGGAUUCUUCGAUCCCUUCGGCUUGUCCAAGGGUAAGGACAUGGCGACCUUCGACCAGUACCGUACCGCCGAACUCAAGCACGGACGCGUCGCGAUGCUUUGUGUCAUCGGAUACGUUGUCCCAGAAUUCUACCGCUUUCCUGGUGAUAUCGCCCCGGGUUUGAAAUUCGCUGAUGUGCCCAAUGGUGUCGCUGCUUUGAGCGCCAUUCCCGCCCUUGGCUGGGCCCAGAUCUUCUUCUUGGUCGGUGCCGUCGACUACUGGGGUGUACUCGGUGACUUUGAAUACGGAAAGCCCGACCUUGAUGCCGAUACUUUGGCCAAGCGUCAAACCCAAGAACUUCAGAAUGGACGUCUUGCUAUGCUCGCCACCCUCGAACUCCUCCGUCACGAUUCCCAGAACUACGUCUCACCCGGAUUUGAUGGCUUGGACAACCUCAUCACCGGUCUUCCCUUCCUUUACUAAAAUGUUGAAUUUGGAUGUCUCGCUAGAAAAGUGGAGCCGCAUAGUAGUGGAUCCCUCAUCAACUCUUAAAAACGAUUUCUAGUAGACAUGGUUGGUUUGUUUCGGCCCUUU